UUUAAAGGUGUAGCAUUCUAGAUAUGAAUAAACAUUUUUGGGAACAUUAUCGCAAAUAAAAUAUAAAAACAUCAAGCAAACUAUAUUACACAUCUUCAACAAACAUAUCCCGCAGACUGAGUGCGAUUGCAAUUUUCCACGAAGCAGGGACAUGAACCAGCAACUGUUACUCCAGCAGCAGCAGCAACAGCAGCGGCGACGCCAAUCGUUACUGACCAAAAGUGUCCAGGAAGAACAUUUGAUCCAGCAAGUUAAGCUGCGGCCGGUUCUGUACGACAAAUCGCUCAAGGCAUACCGGAAACCCGGGGCAACAGACUGUGCAUGGGCGGAAAUCGCGAGUGCGCUUGGAGUGCAAGUUGACAACUGUAAGAAAAGAUGGAAGAGUUUGCGCGAUACUUUCAUAAAAUAUUUUCGUCAGGAAAUUUUGGCUACUCCGGGAUCCAAGCGAAAGAAAUGGGUAUAUUACGAGCACAUGAACUUCCUGCGGAACCAUGUUGAGCUUUACGGUAUUUCCGAGACAGACUCAACUAGCGACAAAGAAACGGUUACUUCCGAUGACGCUCAAAUCAUUCAUAUUGCCGAAUUCGUAACUGAACAAGUUAACAUCGAAAAUAGUGUGGGCGAACAGUUUGAUGACAAUCAAACAGAGUAUGUAUACGAAGAAGUAGAAGAAGGUUCUCCGGUCGCGUACGCACUUGACGCGAAACAAGUAUUCGUAGAAACAGCGAGUCCCGAUCCGUCUGUGGAAGCUACGGUAACAGGAAUGACCACCGUGACACAUAAUGAUUUGGAUAUAUCGCAGGAUGAUGACAACAGUGAUAAUGUGCCAUUUUUAGACCACAUCAGCGAGGAAGUUAAACUCACAAAUACGAAUACGACGUCGACAAUUAGCGAUCCAGACGAGAGGUUUCUACUGAGCUGUGCACCAGUGCUGAAAAGGCUUUCGGCAAGGAAAAAUGCACUCGUGAAGCUUCGAAUCCAACAGCUACUUUACGAGGUUGAAUUCGGUGACCUGGAUAAGGUCUCGGAUCGUGGCAGGGGGAACAACUAGGGGGCUACCAGGUUAGCGAAACUAUUUUUAAGCCAAUCUGAAAGAGCUUUUGUUCAAAAUGAAAGCGUUUAACAGUCAUCGAUUUGUGUAUAUUUGAUACAAAUCCUACAGUUAUAUCGUUUUCCUAUGUUAAAGUAUCAAUUACAUUAUCUGGGAAUUGACUUUAGAGAUUCGCGUUGUAUUGAAAUAAUUUAUGUCAAAUAAUUUGUACUGGCCGAGAAAAACAGAGAGCGUUCAUCUAUUAUUUUCAAGAUAAAUGGCUAAGUGAAAGAAAAAAAAAUCCCUGGGAAAAAGUAUUGCUACAGUGAAUCGUGGCAUUUAUGAUUAAAUACUGCGAAAAGGCUGUGAAAAAAAUAAACGAGGUAAAAUAAAAAGGGUAGUGCCAACUAUAUAA